AUGUUUAAACGAGAUCUUGUCCUGUUUCGUUCGGCACGUCUGUUUUCCUCAUCAAUACGGAAAAAAUCUUCUACCAACGACGACGAUACAUGUAUUUCCAAUUCAUCAAAUCAAUCAUGUCCGAUCUGUCGUUGUCCAUAUGAUAAUCAAAAACACAAACGCUUAAUCGAUACGACAUGUCAUCAUGAAAAGUGCUAUACAUUUAAAAAUCGAUACCCACAAGAUAAGAAAAAUACAAUUAGAUCAAUGUCACCUCUACCACUUCCUCCUACUCCGUCGUCUUCUUCUUCGUCACAACCUCCUAUGUCAUCAACUAUAAUUGCAAAUAAUUUACUAGUUCAAGCAUCACCUCCUAUUUCACGUGCUACAGCCGAACGUCCUCCACCAACACCAACUAAGCCAGUAUCUCAUUUUCAAAAAUUAUUACAUCAUUUCAAUGGAAGUAAAUCUUCAAGUAAUUCAUUUGCACGUGGAACAUCAUUAACAUCAAGUCAACAACGAUCAUCAAUUAAAACGAAUGGUUCAAUGGCAACAAUAUUAAAAAAUAAUCAUAAUAAAUCUAUUGAACAUUCAAUUUCUAAACAACAACAACAGAGCGAUGACCCUUAUCCACCACCUCCACCGCCUGAAAUGGCACAUGAACAAUUACUUGGCAUUUUAUUUCAAAGUAAUCAUACACGUAUUUCAUCAAUAUCACCGUCACCAUCAACAUCAUCAGCUACGACACAUACAUCAAUUCAACGAAUGAUGAUGGCUAAAAAUAAACAACAACAACAAACACAAUUAAAUCCAAUAAGUAUUUCACCAAGUAUGUCAAAUUCUGAUCUUUCAUUUUCACCAUCCGGUAUUAAUAUUGUAUUACCAAGUAUCGAUACAUUUUCUGGUUAUGAACUUGGUCAAAUGAGUAAAUCAGUUCCUAAUACAAUGAUCGAAUCUCAAACAUGGUCAUCUCCACGUUAUAUAACAACACCAUCAUCAAUUUCUCCUUCAAAUCAUACAUGUCAUUGUAUAUCAAAUGUAAAAGAUGAAUUAAAUUCAAUAAAUGAUGACGAAAAAUUUUUUAUUCAACGUGAUUGGAUUUAUGAUGAAAUGUAUAAAUUAUUAAAAGGAACAACUAAACCCGGUCUUGUUUUAUUAAGUCGUACAGCAGGUAUGGGUAAAACAAUGUUAUUAAAAUAUUUACUACGAUCAACACCACCAACAACAAUAUCAACAUCAACAGGAUCUCAACAAAUUACAUCAGUUAUUACUCGAAAUGAAAAAACUUCAAUAAUUCUAGUAAAUUCACCAAAACGAUCUUCCUAUGAAUGGUUAAAAUCUCAUAUAUUAUCUUCACAUUUUUGUGAUUGUUCACAAACGAAUUCUUGUUCAUUACCUGAUAUAAUACAUUCAAUCAUUUAUCGUGCACUUGAACAUCCACUUUUACAUGCUUAUCGUGAUGUUAUUCUACGUGAACAACAUACACGUAAAGCAAUUACAUUAAAUGCAUGUAUACAAAAUAUUGAGCAUGCUUUUUUUACUGCAUUUCUUGAUCAAUUAAAUCAAUUGAAACUUCUCGGUCAUUUAGAAGAAUUAUUUUCAAUCUCAAAUCAUGUUUAUUUAAUAAUUGACGGUAUUAAUAAUGAAUUAUGUGAUACAGAAGGACAAACAAUAACAGAAUUCUUAUUUUCUAAUCUUCAUCGUAUACCAUCAUGGUUAAAAUUAAUCAUAACAAUGAAUCGUUUAGAUGAUAAUCAACAUCAAAAAGAACAAAAUACAUUUUUACAAAAUUUCGUCUUAUUAGAUAUUGAAGAUGACUCAAGAUUUUCUAAUUAUUUACAUAAUGAUAUUCGAGAAUAUUUAUCAAAAAGAUUAGAGAGUGAUUGUAGUAACGAAUUAUAUGAUCUAUCAUCAUCGAUGUCAAAUAUGGAUCAAUUAUGUACAUUAUCACGUGGAAAUCUAUUUUUUAUUCAACAACUUUGUGAUAUAUUUGAACAACGGGAAUUUCCAUCUAAUAUUGAUCUUCCACGAACAUUAGAUGAAAUAUUUUAUUAUCGAUUUUUAAAUGAAAAUAUUCAAAAACAUAUUGAUAUUUGUCGAGCUAUACUUGAAAUAUGUUUAGCAUCGCGACGACCCAUUAAUUUAAAUGUUCUAUAUGAUUGUCUUAAUAUUGAUGAAGCCAUACAAAUUGAAUGGUCAACAUUUUUACAAAAUAUUUCGUAUUUAUCGAUAUUUUUAACACAAUUUCCAAAUUCAACAUAUGCAAUUAUUCACGGGUCAAUUCGAAAUUGGUUAAUUAAUAAUUCUAAUCAAUAUUUUGCUUGUAAUAUCAAAAAAGGCCAUUCUCGUCUAGCACUUUAUUUAUCUCGUUCGUUGACAACACCAUUACAUGGUCCAGAAGCAAUUGAAUGUAUUCGUCAUUUAUCAUUAAGUGAUUUAUUUUCUAAUAAUAUUAUUCAAAUAUGUCAUACAAUAAAACAUUUAAUCGAUGAUCCAUCACGUUUAUUAGCUUCACUACGGAAUGCAUUCUAUCCUGAAUUAGACAUUUGUGAAUUACUUUUAAUGAUAUCAGCGAAUCCAAAUUCAUUAGUUGAUUCAAUACAUAUGCCACUUUUAUGUAUUGCAGCUCGGAAUGGAUAUAUAGCAUUUGUUGAAUUACUAUUAAAAUAUCAUGCUAAUGUUAAUUCAGCAACAAAAAAUAACGAAAAUAAAACACCUUUAAUGCUCGCAGCAGAAUAUGGACAUGAACAUGUUGUACAAUUAUUAAUGAAUUACAAUGCUGAUGAUAAAUAUCAAUUAACAGCUGUUGCUUAUGCAACAAAAUAUGUUCCUAUUCUCAAACUAUUUAAUUGUGAAGAUGAAUCUAUACAACAACAAGCAUUUGUUUAUGCAGCAUCGAAUGGUUCAUUAGAUGCUCUUGAAUAUAUGUUAACUAAUAAUAAUUAUUCAUCUAUUGAUAUAAAUGGUAUUGAUUCAAUACAUGGUGAAACAGCUUUAACAAAUGCUGCAAGUCAUGGUCAUAUAAAAAUAAUUGAUUAUUUAAUAACGAAUCAUCAAGCUGAUAUCGAUCGAAUAAAUUCUCGACAAAUGACACCAUUAUUAUUAGCUGUCAAAAAUGGUAUGUGGUCAUGUGUGGAAUAUCUACUUGAUCAUCAUGCAUCCAUUGAACAUUGUGAUAAACAAAAACGAACAUGUUUAAUUAUUGCAGCAACUGAAGGUCAUUUAGCAGUUAUCGAUAGUUUACUAGAAAAAGGUGCCAAUGUACAUCAUGAAGAUGAAGAAGGUUUAACAGCUUUAUCAUGGGCUUGUCUAAAAGGACAUUAUCAUGCUUGUGAAACUUUAUUAAAUCAUGGAAGUGAUAUUAAUCAUGAAGAUAUUAAUGGACGAAUACCAAUGGAUAUGGCUUCAUUCUAUGGUGAUGUUCAACUUGUACAAUUACUUAUUGAUCAUGGUUCAAUUGUUGAUCAUGUUGAUAAGAAUGGUAUGCGUGCACUUGAUCGUGCUAUUGGAUGUCGAAAUGUUGCUGUUGUUAAUUGUCUAUUAAAGAAAAGUGUUAAACUUGGUUUAUCAACAUGGGCAUUAGCAGCAGGCAAAAAUGAUAUGAUGACAAUUUUAAUAUCGAAAUUAAUCGAUGAUGGUAUUUCACUUUAUAAAAAAAAUCAAUACAAAGAUGCUGCUUAUCGUUUUUCAUAUGCAUUAAAAAAACUACCAGUAGAUGUUGAUCAACAAACAACAGAUCAAUUUGCAACCAGUUUUCGAUUAAUGAAAUAUAAUUGUUUAAUUAAUUUAGCUAAAUGUAAACGAAAAUUAGAUUCUUAUGAAUUAGCGGUUGAUUAUUGUACACAAGCACUUGCUAUUCAUAAUACAGCUGAUUGUCUUUUACUUCGAUCAAGAAUUAAACGAGAUCAAAAAUUAUAUGAUGAUGCGUUAGCUGAUUUACUCGCUGCUAAAAGUUUAGAUCCAACGAAUAAUGAUUUAGAUCGAUAUAUUAAUCGAUUAAAUACUGAUCUUCAACAUUGUCAUGAAACACUUUUAUGA